AUGUCUUCAAUCCGUGCCAUCUUGACACCUCAACUCCGCGCAGUUAUCAGACCUCAACACUUCCGAUCUUAUCAGAAACCCAUCCGCUUUCAAGUCGCAGCCAUGUCCGCUGUCUCGGACGCCAUUGUCAAAGACCACCGCGAGCUCAAGGACUACUAUAAUGAAGUAGUCAACUCCACCGAUCAUGAUCACCAGCAGCGCUUUGGUAACCAAUUCGUCUGGGAACUUGCGCGUCAUUCUAUCGGCGAAGAACUCAUUGUCUACCCUGCCAUGGAGAAGUACAUGGGUGACAAGGGAAAACAAUUAGCUGAUGAAGAUCGUCAAGAGCACCAUCAGGUAAAGGAACUGCUCAAAGUCUUCCAGAACCUCAAAGCCCAGGACCCUGAGUAUCUUCCCAAGAUCAAAGAAAUCUGGGGUUUGCUGGAGAAGCAUAUUGAAGAGGAAGAGAACCGUGACUUACCCGCUCUUGAGCAGGCGAUCAAGUCGCAGGAUCAAGAGACGGAGAGUUUGGCGACACAGUUUGCUCGUACUAAGCAGUUUGUGCCGACGAGGAGUCAUCCUAGCGCUGGAGAGAACCCGCCUUUUGAGUCGGUUAUGGGACUCAUGGCGGCGCCUAUUGAUAAGCUUGCUGAUAUGUUCCGCAAGUUCCCUGAUAAGAGUCAGCUGUAAUGUCAAUUCGUGGGAGAAGUUAUGGAUGAGGGUGAAAGAAAACAGACUGAUAGGAUUUUGCUUUGAGUAUGUACUGAGAUGAAUUAAAAUGAAUGAUAAAUUUCAUUGAAAUAUCUGUCGUGAAUUGCUUCAAAGACGGUGGUUAUCAAUGACGUCAUGUCCGCUAAGGCUUGGGUGAAUAAUAAAUACCCUAC